CCAACCGGUGAAUCAAACCCAUAAAACCCGGUUCUUGUACAGCUAGGUCGUUCUCGUUCUGGUUAAGCUGAAUAGUGAACACUGUAUACGCCUUUUUUUCCUUCCCUCUUGAUUCACCAUCUCAUCGAAUCCGGCAUACUCAAGUCCCGGCGACGGCUGGACGUUGAAGAUUCUACAAUACACAUACGUUCCAAUCACUCUUCUAAAAUGUCGUCUUCAGCUUUAUCAAGAUUAUCCAAUAUCCAAGGACAUCUUCACCCUUUAGACUCAAACUCCAAGGUUGGAGAAGGAUUGGUGAAGCUCUCUCCAGAGGUUUCUCAAGCUUUGUCAUGUGGGCAUGCUGUUGUUGCCUUAGAGUCCACUAUUAUUUCCCAUGGGAUGCCAUAUCCUCAAAAUUUGGAGACAGCAAAAGAGGUUGAGGCAAUUGUGAGGGAGAAUGGAGCAGUUCCUGCUACAGUUGCAAUUUUAGAUGGCAAACCAUGCAUAGGUUUAAGCAUGGAAGAGUUGGAGAGACUUGCUACUCUGGGAACUAGAGCACAAAAAACUGCUCGGAGGGACAUUGCUUAUGUGGUGGCCACCAGAGGAAAUGGUGCGACUACUGUUUCUGCAACCGUGUAUUUUGCUUCUAUGGUUGGUAUCUCUGUGUUUGUUACUGGAGGAAUUGGAGGAGUACAUAGACAUGGCGAAAAUACAAUGGAUAUAUCCUCUGAUCUCACUGAGCUUGGCAGGACUCCAGUUGCUGUUAUCUCUGCUGGAGUGAAAUCUAUAUUAGAUAUUCCAAGGACCCUUGAAUAUUUGGAAACUCAAGGAGUAUGUGUUGCUACUUAUAAGACCAAUGAGUUUCCUGCUUUUUUCACAGAAACAAGUGGCUGUAAGGCAACUUGUCGUGUUGACAGCCCAGAGGAAUGUGCUCGGCUGAUAGAUGCUAAUAUGAAACUUAAGCUUGGGACUGGAAUUUUGAUUGCUGUUCCGAUCCCAAAAGAGCACUCAGCUUCUGGAAAUUUAAUUGAGUCUGCCAUACAAAGUGCCCUUAGAGAAGCCAGGGAUAAGAAUAUAACAGGCAGUGCUGAAACCCCCUUCUUGCUUGCAAGAGUGAAUGAAAUAACUGGAGGUGCCUCACUGGCAUCAAAUAUUGCACUUGUAAAAAAUAAUUCUCUUGUUGGCGCAAGGAUUGCAGUAGCCCUUGCUCAGCUUAGAGAGCAUUCUAAUAAAGGGAAGGCGUUUUGAACAUUAACAAUUCCAUAUAAUGGUGAGAUCACGUGGUUGCCACAGGAUGAUAGCUACUUCGGCAAACAAAUGAUGCCCUUGCUUGCUAGUGUUACCUUUCACCCUGUGUUUUGAUCUCCAAGUGUCUGGUAUGAUUUUGUCAUUGACUCUGUUUUUCAUUUUAUGGAAUCGAUUUGGUCCUCUAUCCAGCUAUAUUAACUGAUGACAUUCUCCCAGUGGCUGCAUCCCCCCAUUUCUUUCUCUCUGUCAAUAAUUCAUGGGUUGAGUUACAACUUUAAGACUAAUGUUGUCUUUCCCAAAUUAAAACCUUGUCUGUUGAGAAGUGUUUUUGCUUAACCUUAUUGUUACACAUUUCUAUAUCUCUUUAUUUUCGUGUGUUUUCUAGAGGGUUGUGGAUCUAUAUUGACUGGUUUUGAGUUAGCUGUGAUUGCAACUAUUGUAACUCAGGCUGUUUGCUUAUUCUACAUCAGUGAUUUCUAUUUA